CAAGUCGGGUCGAUAGUCAAGAUGUUCUUCUGAAAAUUUCCGAAACAGAGAAUCCAACACCUGACAAGUCGAAGCGAAGUACCAGUUAUUGCAGUUGCCCACCUGGACCAAAAGGUGAUAAAGGAAGCAAAGGAGACCGUGGAUGGAAAGGAGAUAAAGGUGACAAGGGUGACACCGGACGUCCAGGGGCACCAGGACCUAAAGGACCACCUGGAAUGAAAGGUGUCGGCGUGAAAGGAGAUAAAGGAGACACAGGACCCAAGGGACCCCAAGGUGAAAGGGGACCGAAAGGGCCAAGUGGCAACGACGGGCCAAAGGGAAGUCGAGGUGAACCUGGAAGCCGUGGUCCCCAGGGAAGUAAAGGCCCACAGGGUGAACGUGGGCCACCUGGACCUCGUGGUCCACAGGGAACAACCGGACCCAAGGGUGCAAAGGGAUCUAUAGGACAAGCAGGACCUAAGGGUAACCGCGGCCCACCAG